CAAAACAACAUUAAAUAUAUAUUCAUUUUCUCUAUUAUUGUUUUUGGAAGAAGAAGAAAAGAAAAAUGGCACCAAAUAUGUAUAGGGUUGGAGAUUAUGUCUAUUUCGAAGCGCAACCAGCUGCACCUUUUCAUAUUCGAAGAGUUGAGGAAUUAAAUAAGACCUCAACUGGAGCAGUAGAAGCAAAAGUUACUUGUUUCUUUAGACGUCGUGAUUUGCCUGAUUCAAUUCUUAAAAUUGCUGAUCAAGCUGAGAGGCAGAAUAAAAUUUUGUCAAAACCGCGUAGAACUUUGUUAGAUUUGAAAGAAAGUGUUACUUCUUCAGCUCCUGUUUUAGAAGCUAAUGGAGGGGACUCAAAAUCUGCUAGUCCAAAAGAAAAUGGAUUGCCAGAAUCGAGUAAUGAGGCACAAAAUUCUGCAAAUUUGGACGAUGGGAAAAAAGAAUCAUGUUCUUCUCAUUCUCAAAAUGACAACGAUGAGGGCAAUGUUAGCAGCAGCACAACAACUUUUUCACAUCCAAAAUGUUAUGGUUUUGCUGGUCUUCCACGAGGAGCAACAAAUCUAACUUCAGAACAAUUACAUGAAUUACGUCAAAAAGAAUUAUUUCUUUCAAGAAUUGUUGAAACAUUGCCAGCAACACAAAUUCGUGGCAAAUGUUCCGUAGUAAUAUUAAAUGAUGUGGAAACCUGUGAUAUGUAUAUUGGGAAAGAUGAUUCAUUUUUCUAUUCACUUGUUUACGAUCCUUCAAAUCAAACAUUAUUGGCAGAUAAAGGACGUAUUGAAAUUGGAAAUAGACAUCAAGCAAUAAUUCCUGAUUUGUUAAAUGAAAAAAAUAAAAAUGAUUUGGAAACAAUGGAAUGUGAUGAUGUUGAAAGUGGAAAUAAAAGAGUGGAUGGUGAUGAAGAAAAAAUGGAUGAUGAAAUUGGGAAUGAAGAAAAAAAUGGGCAUGAGGAUAAAAAAGGCGAAGAAAAACUUCAAAAUAAAAAAGCUGAAGAAGAAGACGAUGAUAAAGCAUCUUCAUCAUCACUAAAAGAAACCUCUAAAAUUUCAAAAAAUUCAACAACAAAACAACAAUUUCAUUUUGAAGGAGAAACAAGGCGAGAAAGAUGUGUUUAUCAUCCAUAUCAUAAUCUUUCAGAUUUGGAAAUUGAUCAAUUUUUAUUAAUUGCAAGAGCUGUUGGAACAUUUUCUCGAGCAUUAGACAGUUCCUCUUCUAUUAAAAUACCAACACUUCAUCAAACAGCAGCGGCAGCUUCACGAGAUAUUACACUUUUACAUGCUAUGGCUUUAUUGCAUCAAUCAAACUACGAUAUGGGAAAGGUUGUGGCAACAGGUUUUCUCGUCCCCCCAGCAGACAACAACCACCACUAUCCACUUGAAACAGAUAAAUUAACGUCAAAUAAAACAGCAAUUUUGGGUGGUCCAAUACUUUGUAGAGAUCAAUUAGAAGAAUGGUCAGCUUCUGAAUCAACUCUUUUUGAGGAGGGUGUUGACAGAUGUGUGAAAGAUUUUCAUGAUAUUCGGCUAGACUUUGUAAGUAAGGGAGGGGGUUUUAUGAGGGUGUUAAGAAAUGAGAGACUGGCCUAA